UUAUUUAUAAUGUCCGGAACACGUUUGUUAAUAAAAAUUAAAUAUAAACAUGAAUAAUAAUAAUAAUAAUAAAAAGCUUGUAGAUAGUGAACAUGAAUAUAUGAUCUCAUGUUCGAAUUGUCUUUCACACAUAACAUAGUUAUUUUGGCAAUUUUCUCUCGCUUUUGUAUUUUUUUUUCUCUUCUUCUUUAUUUCUUAAUUUUAUCUAUAGAAUAAACCUUAAUAAUAGUAUUAUUAUUAUUUUUUUUAUGGCAGCAAAUCGGUUAGAAUACAGAAAUCCUAAAAGACAAAGAGCAGUAUGUGUAUAUACAAUAUCACAGGAGUCUCGUUAUCUGAUUAUUGAAAAUGUUCCCAGUUUAGGUGUUACUCAACAAUUACUUGAUUAUUGCCAACAAUUUGGAGCUAUUGAAGAACAUCGGUUACUAGAUGAACAUUCCUCAAGUACAGAAUAUACAGAUGUUUAUUUGAUCCAAUAUACUAAUAUAAAAUCAGCAAGAAUAGCCAAGCAUAAAAUGGAUGAUAGGCCCUUUUAUACCAACUUAUUAAGAGUUAAUUAUGCACCUGAAUAUGAGACUUUAGAAGAUAUACGGAAAAAGUUUAAAGAUAGAUACCAAACAAUUUUCAAUAGAAAUAAUAAAAAGAGACGACAUCAUCAUAAUAAUAAUAGCAAUAUAGUGUUUGAUACAACUACUGUUUCAAAGACUAGGGCUACUGAUAAUAACCAUCCACCUUCUUCUACUGCAACAAUAGAUCCGAAAAGAAGAAGACGAAUUUAAGAAAAGUUCGAGAACAAAAAGCCACCACUUUAAAAGAGCUCAUUUGUUUUUAAUAAACUCAGUAAAAUUUUUUUUAUAAUUUGUUCAUCA